AUGGCGUCCACAGCUCCCGCGCCAUUCGACUUCCCGCGGGAGUACUUCUUCCCCGCCUUCUUCACUCGCCAGACCAACCUCACAACCCUCCACGCGCAGCUCCUGAAGUGGUCCUCCCUCAUCCUCGCCUACUGCAAGCACCACCGCAUCUUCAAGCUCUCUCUCUCCUCCUCCGUGCCCGCCUCGUCCGCCACGGUCACCCUCGCCGCAAGCACCACCGCCACCACAAACAACGGCAGCGAUGCACCCCCGUCGUCCACGGCCGCCGCCGAAGAGCUCUUCUACAACAAGAAGCUGGACCGCCGGCUCGCGCUCGCCGACGUCCGCGAGGUGAUUGACUUCAUGCGCAAGGACGGGCGCGCCGAGUACGUCGGAGGGGCGGGCGCGACGGCCGGCGACGUCGUGUGGAUCUACUGGCGCACGCCUGAGGAGUGGGCGGCGCUGGUGGAGGCGUGGGUGGACGAGACGGCGCAGAAGGGCACGGUGCUGACCCUGUACGAGCUGACGGAGGGCGAGGCGACGCGAGGCACCGAGUUCCACGGCUUAGACCCUGAUCUGCUUCAGAAAGCGCUCAGCAUCUUGGUGAAGAGGGGCAAGGCCCAGAUCUUUGGCCAGGAGGAUUCACAAGGUGUCAAGUUCUUCUGA